UCGCUAAAUAGCGCUUAUGCUCGUGGUAAACGAUUUCAACGUUCAAGGAGACUAAAAGCUACAAAGACGGCUGUUAAACUCGAACGCGAAAAAAAGCGUUAACGUAACCUACAUAACAUAACCUAAAAAAACAAUUGUUUUGUUUUUAAAGAAUAGGCGACAGUAAUUUAAUUAUGGCUACUUCUCGGGCUGACGGUUACCUGUUUACCGCAGUAAAUUUGAUUGUUACUGAAUUUUUGGAAACGUUUUCGUCAACAGAAAGUGAAGAUGAGGAUCUGGAGGUGUUAAAUCAAUUAGUUUCUCAUAAAAAGGUGGUUGUACCACGAUUAAAAAAUUAUGUAGAAAGCGUUGUACCUAAUUUUAAUGAUCAACAAUUUAAAUCGCAUUUCCGAAUGCGUCGUGACACAUUUGAAUUCAUAUUGUCACAUAUGGCUCCAAGGUUAAAGAGGACCUACAAAGGGUUACCCAUGAUUGCACCUGAGAAACAAUUUCUCAUUGCAAUUUGGCGAAUGGCUACUCCAGAUUCAUACAGAUCUAUUUGUGAAAAGUUUGAUGUCAGCCGUUCGACGGCUUUGUAUUCAACAAAAAGGGUCACCAAAAUACUCUGUAAUCUUUCACCAAUUUUUAUUAAAUGGCCAAAUGCUAAUGAUGUGCAAGCUAUAUGGACAGGCUUCGAAGCAAGCAGUGGGUUUCCGAAAACAAUAGGAGCAAUUGAUGGAACUCAUAUAAACAUUCCGGCUCCAAAUAGAAAUCCUGAAGCUUAUGUAAACCGCAAAGGACAUCAUUCCAUCCAACUACAAGCAGUAUGCGAUCAUAAAAGUCGUUUUACACACUGCUUUGUAGGCCAUGUAGGAUCUGUACAUGAUCAGCGUGUGUUUAGACUAUCAGAAUUAAAUGAUUUCUUAAGUAACCCUAUUAAAUUUCCUAAUGACAGUCAUUUGAUAGGAGAUUUAGCAUAUAAGUUACAUGAUAACCUUUUAACUCCAUACCGUGACAAUGGAUAUUUGACUGAACGUCAGAAGAACUUCAACUUUUGUCACUCAUCUGCACGAAUGAGUAUUGAAAGAGCCUUUGGUCUCUUAAAAAACAGGUUCCGAAGUUUGUUGACAGUGCUACCUAUGAACAAUACUCAUAAUGUGCCCACAUUUGUAUUAGCUUGUUGUGUACUGCAUAUUUGCUUGUUAAAAAAUGAUGAGUUAGAAUACACUUUCAUGGAAGAAAUACAAGAUGCGCCCCUUUGUAUAGCUCCCCCCAAUCGAAUUCAAGCAGGACUAGCAAAAAGAGAUUUGAUUUCUGAACGUCUACCUAUGAGAUUAGUAUAA